AUGAGGCCAUGCGUGGGCUUCUGUGGUCUUUUGAUAGAAGUGUGCCUAGAAGAGGCUGGAAAAACCACAGCAGGUGCUGGGGAGGUUAAUGACCUUAAGGUGCCUGAGGAAAGUACCUCUGAGCCUGAUUCACGAAGAACGUAUACUCUGCAGAAUUACUUGAACAAUGACUAUAAGUACAGAACAUAUAAUUUGCAGUGGAUUUCAGGAAAUCAGUAUCUUCACAAAACAGCUAAUGGAGACAUCCUAUGUAUCAGUGCUGACACCGGAACAUCCUCAGUACUCUUGGCGAAUACAACAUUAGAUAAAUACAAGGCAACCACAGUUAUAUUGUCUCCAGACCAAAGGUUUGCUCUUCUGCAGUACAGCUAUACAAAGUUGUGGAGGCAUUCCUAUACAGCUUCAUAUUACAUCUAUGAUUUCAGUAGCAGUUCUAUCUUAGAUGACAGACUACUGCCUACUGAUAUACAACAUAUAUCCUGGUCACCUGUUGGUCACAAACUGGCAUAUGUUUGGAAGAAUAAUGUUUAUAUAAAAGCUUCACCAACAGGAGAACCUGUGCAAAUCACUGCAAAUGGAGAAGAAAAUAAAAUUUUCAAUGGAAUACCAGACUGGGUUUAUGAAGAGGAAAUGUUUGGCACCCAUUUUGCUCUGUGGUGGUCUCCAAAUGGCAAUUUUGUGGCAUAUGCAACAUUUAACGAUACAGAAGUUCCUCUUAUAGAGUAUUCCUUUUAUUCUGAGGACACCUUGCAGUAUCCAAAGACCAUUAGAAUCCCGUAUCCCAAGGCAGGAGCUAAAAAUCCAACUGUGCAAUUCUUUGUUGUGAAUACCGAAUUGCCUCCUCCUUUCCACUCUGUUGAAAUUUCUCCACCUGCAGAAAUAAAAUCAGGGGAUCAUUAUUUGAGUGUUGUAACAUGGGUGACAGAUGAAAGGAUCUGUCUGCAAUGGCUGAGAAGAAUUCAGAAUUUUUCAGUCCUCACAGUCUGUGACUUUGAAAAUGCUACUGGAAAUUGGUCAUGUCCACGGGAAAAACAACUUACAGAAGAAAGUACAACUGGCUGGAUUGGCAGAUUUCAGCCAUCUACCCCUCACUUUGCACCCGACAGUGCUACCUACUACAAAGUCUUCAGCAAUACAGUAGGUUACAAGCACAUCCAUUACAUAAACGGCUCGCAGGUAAGUAAUAAGGCUCCAGUACCUGUUACUGCAGGAAAGUGGGAAGUUAUCAGCAUAGCAGCUGUAACCGAUAACUUUUUAUACUACAUUAGUAAUGAAAACGGUGGAAAACCAGGAGGAAGAAAUCUUUAUAAAGUGCUCUUGGAAAGCAGUCCAAAUUCUACUAAAUGUGUUAGCUGUGAUCUGAAUCAAGAAAGAUGCCAGUAUUAUUCUGUGUCCUUCAGCAAAGACGCACAAUAUUAUCAGCUAGUUUGUCGUGGUCCUGGCCUGCCCAUAUCUACUCUGCACAGAAGCAGUGAUGAUCAAGUCCUCAGAUACUUGGAAAAUAACACUGAACUGGAAAAUUCAUUGAAAGAUAUUCAGAUGCCUUCAAAAAAAAUUGGCUCCAUUACUGUAGGUGGAUACAACCUGUGGUAUCAAAUGAUAUUGCCUCCCCAUUUCGAUUCGUCGAAGAAGUACCCUCUGCUCCUUGAUGUGUACGCAGGACCCUGUAGUCAGAAAGUAGAUUAUACCUUCCAAAUCAGCUGGGCUACUUACCUUGCAAGCACCGAGCAGAUCAUUGUGGCCAGCUUUGAUGGCAGGGGAAGUGGAUACCAAGGGGAUGAAAUUCUGCACGCAAUAAACCGAAGGCUGGGAACAUACGAAGUGGAAGAUCAGAUAGAAGCUGCCAGAAAAUUUUCUGAAAUGAGCUUUGUUGAUAAGGACAGAAUAGCUAUUUGGGGUUGGUCUUAUGGGGGAUAUGUGACCUCCAUGGUGCUUGGCUCUGGAAGCGGCGUGUUCAAGUGUGGAAUAGCGGUUGCCCCCGUGUCACGUUGGCAAUAUUAUGAUUCAAUAUACACAGAGCGAUACAUGGGCCUUCCUAUAGCAAGCGAUAAUCUGAACAACUAUAACAGUUCAACAGUAAUGGCCAGAGCUGAAAAAUUCAAGGAAGUUGAAUAUCUCCUUAUUCAUGGAACAGCAGAUGCUUUCCCACAGUGGUACACCGACAAAGACCAUGCCAUCACCGGUCAAGCACAUAAGCAUAUUUAUACCCAUAUGAGCCAUUUCAUAAAGCAGUGUUUCUCGCUGCCCUAGCACCACCAUUUUGGUCAUUAGUGAUGGCACUUCUCCAGAAAACCCGCUAGCUAAUGUACACUGAGCCAGUAUA